CCGAUACCUCAUUCUGCCGACCCGUUUUUUGUGUUAGUUUGGGUCGGCGAACAAAAUAAAGGUUUAUACUAGAAUCGAGUCUACUACUCAGGUUCUUUGCGAAGAUCGUGCUCCCAUUAAGUUGUAUGAACGACUCAUGUUGGUCCUCGCGUAAUAUACACGACCAGUGAUAAUCAUAAUUAUCAUGGAGCGACCUCCUUGUUCAUCAACUUACGCUGCCGAAGAUACUACAGCUGCCUUUGGUGCGAUGGACGGUCCUCAACAUCGGAUGUUGUACGCCGACGAGGCGCACCAGCAGAAUCAACCUCCAAACGGCGCCCGUGUAGUCGACCCCCGUGAUCCGUCCCGCCUACUGUUCCAAGAAGGACAGCAGCACAGUCGUGUAGGAGCUGUUGAGGCGAGCACAAUGUAUGCAUCAAACAACGGGAGUUGUUCUUACGACUACUACGAGAAGAUGAACCUGAACACGAACAGGGCAGUGGUUGAGCGAGAUGAACCCCUGCUGCACCAUGCUAGCCUGCCCCUGGCGGAGCACCACGACCAGGAACAUGAUAUUAAAUAUCAUCAUGAUCAUCCUGCCCCAGCACUACGCUCCUCGUCCCACCAUGACGCGCACGACAAGAACCUUCAGCAGGAAAGGAUCCGCACGUUGCGGGUGACCCUGACUGACGCGUCGGGGUUUUCGCACUGCAGCUCCGGGAAUAUUGUGUUGAUCGAGAACGAGUACCCGCUGGAGGCCUUCCGAAAGAUCCACAAGCACGCGUUGAUGAUGCUGGUACAGAUCAGCAUCAACUAUCAAGUGCAAAAAUCCCUGGAUGUCCUGAAGCUUGUAAACUUGUCAUGCAGGUUUUUCAUGACCCAUGAGGUCUAGAGUCAGGACUUAGCAUGUUGACAGACUCGGUGAGGAGGUCUCUGCCAUGUCAAUCCUGCAUGGUAACCUUGGUCGAAAGUGGACAGCUUUUUGCACUCAUGCAACACAAAUUUUUGCAUGUUUCGGAUUUAGCAUGACAAGUUGCAAUCUUUCAGACAUCCAGGGAUAGUUGCAAUGCAUAUCAACAGCGAUCAUACGAUGGGCUGUUCAACAUCGGCUUCUGGCGGUACUACUGCGCUCAUGAUGAACAACAUGAUGAUGCCCAACAGCGGAGGUGGAGUAGUUCCCGGUAGCUCUUACAACAACCCGCAGUAUGGAAUGAACUCCGGGACAUACAACAACCCGAUCGCGAACUCGAUGCAGUACCAGCUGUGGAUUUUCAACGAGGCUUUUGGGGUGCGACACCUGCUGAACCCGCAACAUCUGCUGGAGUCCAGUCUGUGGCACGGGAAAAUCGAGUAUCAAAUGUAAAAAUGUCUGGGUCUGGAAGAAUGCAAGUUUGUCAUGCUUGUCUGGCAUGACUCUUAAAUCUGUCAUGCACAUUAACAAAGAGCCCCACUUUUCUGUCAUGCAGAAACGUAGUUUGUCAUGCAGAAUAGGCAACACCUAGAAGCUCAGAAACUUGUCAUGCUGAGCCAGCAAUUGUGGCCUCCUCAUGAUAUGCCACACAGCAUCAUAAGUUUCCAGACCCAGACAUUUUUACAUUUGAUAUCGAGAUCCAGUUGUACGUGAACGGGCAGAAGCCGCCACAGCUGCUGGUUUCCUCCUCUAUGCUGAGUAAAAACGUACCCACACCAGAGUUGUAAUGCAGAUUUGCAAAGACAGGAAGACUUGUAAUGCGCAUCCCCAUGAGAGCCAAUUCCAAUCGUGUUUUGAAAUUUGUGAUGCUGUGAACAGGAUGAGCAGAUGAAUCUGUGACGCGGCUGCACUUGCUAACCUGCACUACACUACGAACUGCAACUUGUCAUGCGUGAUUCACAAAACUCCUAGGUUUGUGUUGCAAAAUCCCCAUCCUGACUCUGGUGUGGGUACGUUUUUCCUCAGGAUAUCCUCCUGCUCAACUUCAUCGUCGUCGUGGUCCAGUGGUAAUAGUAUCAUGCUUAAAAACACCACGGCGAGGACAACGACGGCAGCUGCACACAAUGGUCAUCUUCAGGGCUACAAUCAUCUUCACGACACGUCAACAUCAUCAACCCUUGAACUUGAUCAACAGGACUGUCUCUCUAUGAAUUGCAAAAGUAUUGUACUCGUAUAAAUGCAUUACAAAUUUCCUCAGCAUGAGAAAUAAAAACUUGUAAUGCAGAUGCACCUUAAAAAGGAGAUUUGUAAUGCAUGAUCGCAAUACGAGUGCAGUGCAUACUCUCCGCAACGACCAGCCAUCCGGGGAGAUCGACGGUGCUGGGAGGCGGAGAUUAUCAAAUGUAAAAAUGUCUGGGUCUGGAAGAUUUGAACUUGUGAUGCGCAUUUUCGAACACAGAAAAAUCUCUCAUGCAUCGGUAGCAAAAGCUGCUCAAUUCUGUUGCCAAAAUGGGGGAUUUCUGAUGCGGGUUCGGCAUUGCGGAAGCUUCUCGAAACCUGUGAUGCUAGAGCUUCCAUGCCAGACCUUCUGUGUCAUGCAAAAACAGCAUGAAUCUUCCAGACCCAGACAUUUUUACAUUUCAUAGAGAUGAUCAUCGUCUAACAAACGACUGCGAGGUGGAACAAGAACACAGCAGCUCGACGUCCACGGAACAAGUAGUAGAGAAAAUUCCAAGGCGCGGAAAGAACAGCAGUGGUAGUGGAUCAUCCUCUUUUUCCAGUGCCUCUGGUUGUACAACUUCCUCGUUCGUGGGUCCUCGUCGUGAAGAGGAUCAAGAUGAAGAUGAAAAAAGCAGUGCGAUCAGCUCAAUUGGUGUAGUGGGCGCAGCUCCUGAUCCACCUCGAGAAGGAGGAGGCACUUCAUCUGCAGACGGAGGCGAGCAGGGUGAAGAACAUUGUGGUCAAGUACUGCUGCAGAGUGAAACAAAUCCAGCCGGCACGUCAGGAACUACGAGCGCAAUCGGCAAUAAAACGAGCCCUCGGUUUUCCUUCUCCCGGCAGCCGACCUUCUCUAGUACUACCUCGGACGAGGAGGAGGAAAACGAACACGAGAACGAGGAGGGGAUGAAUGCUCACAGUUCAUCUUCUGCAAACAACAGCAGCAGCGAGGAAACGACCGCGAGCGGCGAAAUAAUCCCACGACGAGGCCGCCAGCACGGGCGUAAUUCUAAUUUGACCGAGCAGGACAUUCCCUGCAGCUCCGCGACGAGCUCCUUCUACACCAAAACUAUGGAGAAGGACCACUUCUACACAGGCGAAGACAACCACUCCGCCACGGCGGACAGUAAUUUCGCCACGCUCGCACCCUCCAGCGACUUUUACCUGCACUCCCGCGCGGACCCGAUGAGUCACGUGGGUGAAAACGCAAGCAGUUCCUGUGGGCAGAGUGAACAAGUAGGUCUUGUUCACAACGCGGGCGACACGACGAGGACCAUGUCGAUGGCUUUGUCGUAUCAGCAGCAGCACAAUCCAAGGCUGAACUUGAUGCACAAGCAACAUAAUGUUCAUCUUGACCUCCAGUAUGAUACUUCUACGCACACGCAGCAAGGGCCGCAAGGGGCAUGUAGUUCUCAACUUCAACAACAUCAGUUGCAGCAACAUGAUGCGGGUUUACUAAAUAAUCCCGCUUGCGCAACAUCUGUCGUGACAUCUACUUCCAGGUCAGGCGCACCAACAACUACGUGCUCGUGUAGCCACUCGCAGCAGGAGCUUGUUGUUUCGAAACAAAACAAGAAGUCUUCACUGAAACAUGAUCCGAAUACAUUACGGAAUAAAAGACCCCUGCCCGCCUCCGCCUCCGACCCGAACGAGCUGCACGCGCAGUGCGAGCCGUUUUUCAUCAAGAAGUCGAUUCUGAAGCUGCAACGAUGGUUGAAAAAACUGUACCAAAAUCCGCGGAACGAGUACCAAUUGAUGGAAUCCAUGGAGAAGCUGUUCCACAGCCACUGCGACCGCUGCAACACCUUUGGGUUGAACUGGGAUCUGAUCCUGCUGCACCCGGAUCCGGACAUGCUGCUGCAAGAAAUUUUGCAGAAAACCCAGCUCUAUGAAGUGCAAAAGCAUCGUACUAGUAUAAAUUGCAUUACAAAUUUCCUUAGAGUGACAGAUGAAAUUGGGAAUGCUGGCUUAGCUAUAGAAAGGCGAUUUGUCAUGCAUGUCUGCAAUUAGUACGAGGGAGUGCGAUACUUUGUUUUGCACAGCAUAGGCUCCUACCGCCGCUGAGUAACACCAACCAGCACAACAACUCGUCCUCGAACGCGACCUCCAGGUCGAGUGGGGGCACCAACGCGCGGAUACAACAGGUUGCACAUAUUAACAAUAACGCAGGUGGAGGUGGCAGGCGGACGACCUCGAGAACUGCGGGGAGCGGGAUGAAAAAAACCUCCGGAGGCCGGCGCGCAAUAAGUAGGACUGCUGAGGGUCACCAGGAUACUACAACAACGGGGGGAAAGAACAACAAUAUCAUGAAACACAACAUCAAAAGCGGAAAAAAUCGGCGCGGGCAUCAACUACAGGGGACGAACGACAGGAGGGACGAGAGCGUCGGUGAGGUAGUAGUUGCAACAUCCAAAAAGAAGCAGAAGAGAAGCUCCUCGGCGUCAAAAGAGCUUCUGCACCAAGAUCGUCCACAAGAAACGGAGGAAGCGAGAAUGUUGAAUCUUCGUCGGAAAGCUAGCAAAGACAGCAACAUGGCUUCACAUCUCCUUCCCGGAGCAGCCUUUUGUGGCCACAAAGAUUCCUCUCCGCCUGCAGUGAAUGCUGACGAGCAAGGCGAGAAUUAUAAGGAGGGAGAAAUAAUCAUCAAUCACCGGGACAGCAGCUGCCACAAGCACUCUCGCAGCGACUCGAAAAAUUCCAGGAGCAGCGGUAAAGAACAACAUGCGAACAAUAACAGUAAACGCAACAGCAAAAACAGAAGCGGCAACUUGAAGAUUGAUUUGAAGACAAAGAUCAUUCGUACGGAUUCGAACAGCACCACUCACAACAAUGCCACCGCCACACUGGCCGAGAUGACUUCUUCUUGUUUGCAAAAUUCCAUUUCCCGCACAAUUUCCGCGACCAAAGCAGCCACGGCGUUUCAAGCCAUAGAGGACACGACGUACACAGGUGGAGCGAGCAACAUUGGUCGUGCAGCAGCUCCUUUUUCAUCUACUCAGGAACAACGCGAUGAAGCAGGUCUAGAAGUUGUACAGCGCGACAGAACUACUGAACUGAUCGUCCAGCCGUUGACGGAGGAAAAGAUCGAAAAUUUGAUGAAAUCCGGACCCAGCACGGUAGCCGUACUGUCGCAAAUGAACCACCUGAACAUCAAUCCGAAUACCGACCACGUCCACACGGCUGGUGGUUGCGGCAAUAAAUUAUCGUCGCUGAAUGCGAUCGCUAUAGGAACAACAAAUAACCUGAAUCAGAACCUCCAGGAGGCCACGACGCCGAUGAUGGUGGGCCACGGGUCGAUCUUGGAUGAGGAAGAACAGCGGGAGGACGAGGAAUACCUGCGGACCCGACGGAGCAAAAAGAACGAAGAAUUGCUGCUCAAAUCCCGGAAAAAUAUCGACGAGUGCACGGAGAUCUCUUCGCCGCGGGAAAUUCUGGACGAGGAAGAUGCCGACGAGGAAGACGAGGACCACGGGGGCCUGCAGCAGCUUCACGGGGACGACUGCGAUUUUGAGAAUGAGAAUUCGUUGUACCGAGGCGGUGAGCACGUCGGAGGACGAGGAGCACCAGCUCCAGGUGGUGGUCACCAGAUCCACCUUGGGACGACAGACGACGAGGACGACGACCUCAUUGUCGACGCUGGGGACAUAUCCUGUGCAAAAGUAUCGUACUCGUAUAAAUGCAUUACAAAUUUCCUCAGCAUGACAAAUAAAAUUUGUGAUGCGGAUUUACCUUAAGAAAAAGAUUUGUAAUGCAUGACUGCAAUACGAGUACGAUAUUUUUGCAAUGCAUAGGACACGUUUGGCUGCGUCACGGAGAUCGACCUGGGCACCAUGAAUUAUGGCAAUCUCAACUGUUACAUUCUCAACUGUUACAUGAAUUUGCCAUGCAAGAAUGGCAAAAAUGAAAGGAGGGAGCUUGCGCGUCUUGCAUGACAGAUUUGGUAGAGAUUUAGACGCUGUUUAGCCAUGCGAGAACUUGUCAUGCGAAGCAGCUUGAUCGUCUGGUGGCUCAUGGUCAUUUUGCAUGACAAAUCAUGUAACAGUUGAGAAUGUAACAUUUGAGAACGCCAUAUGAAUCACUCCUUGAACAACCACUCUGACAGUAAUUCCAGCACCCAGGAGGACGACUUCACGCCGACCACAAACCAAAGCAGCCGGGGCCGCGCGAACAAGAAUUCGUUCGGCUGUUUGACCCUCCGGGAGCACCACGGGCGACGGAUUAAGUGUGAGCAGGGCCGACAGCACAACCUGCUCAGCCGCUCCACCUCGGAAAACAACCAGAGCAAGGGGACCACGAACAUGAGCUCCUCCUUCGGAAUGUCCACGACUAUGACUGCGCAACAGCGCAGGAGCGGCAGCAAGAGAAGCAGCGGAAUGAGGAUGGGCGGUGGAACUACGUUCAACAAUAAUGGUAGUUCGAGCAGGGGGCACCAGAUGAGAGAAAAUGGUCAGGCAAGAACAAACCAUCACAAUGAUCCCAAGUUCAAGGCAGGCAGGUCGAAUUCGAAGCACAGGUCCUCGGGAGCAGCUCCGCGCGGAGGUCACAGCAGUGGUGAACAACUAAAUCGCGCGUACCAACAUCCGACCGGUGCUCGUACUUCCGCUACGUCGAAUAGUAGAAACCACCACCACAACACAGCGGCGCAGCGCCAGCACAAUCAGUCCACGUUAUUUCAGAACGAGUUGAAUCACAAAAUCAACGAAAUGGAGGAGGUAUCCUGGGCAAAAGUAUCGUACUCGUACUAAUUGCAGAUAAUAUGCAUGACAAAUCAAACUAUUCAUCUGAAAUAGCAUGACAACUUGCAUUUUUGUUCUUGGGAAAAUUUGUAAUGCAAUUUCUACUAGUGCGAUACUUUUGCAGUGCAUAGGAGGAGCUCUACGUGUUGAAGAAGUGCAACCUCAUCUACAUUCUCGCCACCCCCCUGGAUAAGAACAAGUUUGGGCAAAACAACGCAAAUUCGAAUAAUUCGACAUCCAACGGAGGACGUUACAAUGCACACAACCAGCACGGUGUUGUUGAAAAUAAUUACAACGCCGCGGCUGGAGGUAGUAACGCAACUAGUGGCUCGACGGUGAAAAUCGAAACGGUGAACAACGCGUUUCAGCUGUUGCGCAAGCGGAUUCGAAACAUCGUGCUGACCAUCGGCGAUGCGUUCAAGAAGCGAUUGGAGCAGGCUUUGUACAUUAACGAGCGGACCGGACAGCUGACCUGCUUUGGCUCGAGCAGCAACACCAACUGUGGUAAUGGGACUCAAGGCAGCGGGUUGGUGCACCAGCACAAUUCGUCCUCCGCCGCGGCAGCCCACAGCUCGCUGCACAGCAGCAAUUCCAACCACAACGCCGUGAACUCCACCAUUUACGGGUUUUCUAAUGCGCGCAACAGCUCGUCGACGCAACACCUGCUUGCGGGCGGGGGCGGGGGUGGAGUCAUGGGUGGAACAAAUGGUAAUAAUGGUGCGCACACCUCCCUACUGAACAAUAACGGGAUGUUGGACAGAAAUGCACAGCAAAAUCAAAAUGCAAAUCAUAACAACCAGCAGAAUAGCCAGCAGCUGUCCUUCCAGACCCUGGUGCAGAUUUACCUGCUCAUUUCCCAGGUGGUCGAAGCGUACACGAACCUCUUCUCGGGGAUCGGCGGAUCGGGGUCCGCGGUGGAGCUGCGGGCGCUGUCGCACGCGGAGGAUAUCACAAUGAAAAAUGCCCCCUGACCGGAAUUUGCAAAAGUCUCUCAUGCAAAGUUUCCAAAUGCAAGCGUUUUGUGUUGCAUGAAAGGACUGCGAGGUGGGAGCCUUUCUGACGCAGAAUCUAGCUGCGCGGCAAGGUAUCCCUUGCAUAACAGAUCCGCCUGCUGUUGGGCUCCUUUGCAACACAGAUUUGAGCGUCUCAGCAACUAAAACUUGCGAUGCUCAUAUAAAUAUGCAAGACGGGAAAUGUUUGUAUUGGAAAGAUUUGCAAUGCAAAUGCGGCUAAAUUCAUCUGGGGUGGGGGCAUUUCUCACUGUGAUAGAGGAAAAUUUAGGUUCUUGGAACAUGGUGGAGCGCAUCUAUUCCGGGAUUUUGUCCGACGUCUUGGAGUACGUGGAGGGGUGUCUGAACCGCUUCGAGUACCUUUUCAAGUCGUCCGUUUUGUGCAAGAAGGUCACGGAGCUGUUCCCCUACACGAAGUUCCCGCUGGACGUGGCCAUAUGGAUUGCAAAAAUAAAUGUGUCUGGAAGAUUCCAGGAGUUUGUCAUGCAGGUUUUCCAUAACCCAUGACAUGAGGUCUGGUAUGCAGGACAUAGCAUGACAGAUUCUGCGAAACCUUUCCAAUGCCUAUCCUGCAUGGGAAACUGCCUCUCGAUUUUUAGGUCAAAAGUGCACAACUUUUGGCAAUCAAGCAACACAGUUUUUUGCCUGAUUCAGAUUUAGCAUGACAAGUUGCCAUCUUCCAGACCCAGACAUUUUUACAUUUGAUAGACCAUGACCGACUACCAUUUUUACCAGAAGGGCUGGAAAUCCACCGGGUUUCUGGCACGGUGCAAUCUCAAGGCGGACCUGCGGCUCAGGAUGAAUUAUGUUGGGCCGCAUCAACUCUCCGCUACAUCGUCCGCGUUUGGGCUCGCGGGGGGGAGUAGAUUAUCACUGCGGGAUGUUAAAGAUAAGGAUAACCUUCGAAGUUGUGCAACAACUACUGCUUGCCGCGGCGCGCCGCAGCAUUCAGGAUCUGCAAUUGUCUCCUCCUCGCAUCAUGAUAUCAAUUCCUCGUCCUCGUCCAUGGCCUACCACCGCCAGAAAAAGCUCCUGCUGCACAGCAAGGCGCUGCUGUACUUGAAAAAUAACCGGAAUCACGUCAAGGAGCCCCCGGUCACGGCGAGCAAUGCUGGUGGAGCCAACUGCAAUUUGACACACAACUUCUACAACCAUAAUUUCUCUCGAAAUAAUUACGGCAAGAGAAAUUAUAACUGUAGUUCUGGAGCAGGUGGAAUGUUAGCUCUGCCAGAUUACGGCCAGAAUAAUCAGCAGCUCCACUACAACGGCACGCACCACGACAACUACUACAAUAAACACUACCAAAUCGAUGUUGAAACCGGACAAAACAACUCGAAUCUGGUGGACCACGAGGUAUUUCGCAUGAACAAGUCCUUUUCCAAGUACUACAGCGUGCGGGCGGGAUUUACGGGCAGUCUGAUAUCGCAAGAAAAAACUGCUUCACUGUGAACUUGUGAUGCAGGAAAUGGAACACAGAACUACUUGUCUUGCUACACCUGCAAGACAUUGGAUUUUCAAGCGUGUUUUCCCUUGGGAAGCGCGCAUGACAGAUUUUCAGCGUCAUGUGUAACAAACUUGUGAUGCAGAUCUUGCAAAAUCAUCAAAGUGAAACAGUUUUCCCUGCGAUAUCUGAUCAAGCAAGACUACAGCAUGCACCUGGUGCAGCAGCACGACGACCCUCAAAUGAGCAAGCUUAGCUUCGUAUCAAAUGUAAAAAUGUCUGGGUCUGGAAGAUUGCCAGGUUUGUCGUGCGCAUUUUGCAUGACUUCUGAUGUCUGUGAUGCAUGCGCUAGCAUCACAAAUUUUGUGAGGGCUUCCUGAUGCCUAUACCGCAUGACAAAUGCUCUUUUCGUGUAGCAAAACUUGGACUCUCUUUGCUCCUCAUGCAAUGCAUAUUUUUUUAGAAUCCAAAAUCAGCAUGACAAGUUGGAUUCUUCCAGACCCAGACAUUUUUACAGUUGAUACUUCGAAGACGUUGGGUCGUUGCAGCCACUACACAGCAAUUACAACUAUCGUGAAGAUCCUGACCGAGCGGGCUCCGCGGAGCAUAGCGUGGGUGGUGUUGUUGAAAACAACUAUCGUGGUCCUCUUCAUCAUGGAUCGAGUACUAGUAACACUUUCAACAUUGACGAGAUGCAGCAGCAGAAGCAUUACCCGGGCACCACCGCGACGAGAGGCGGUACUAAUAAUUUUUCCGGGCGAUACAACCACCACCAGCGCCAGUCUGGCGGCAACAUCAAUAGCAGCUCCUGCAACAACUCGGCUCAUAUGAACGAGAACAACCUGGUGAUUCUCCGGCUGUGCCCCUCCCGGAAUUUUCACUACAGCUUGAUCCUAGCGGAAAAGCCUACCACACUGUGGCGCAACGUGUACCGGAAGGCCAUGCGGUACUUAUCAAAUGCAAAUAUGUCUAGGUCUGGAAAUGUUGAAUCUGUGUUGCAUUUUUCACAUUCCUAAGAAAUCUGUAUUGCAUAAGCAGCAAAUAAACCGCCACACUCUCGCUUUGCAAAAGCGCAUUUUGUAAUGCGUUCUGCGCAUGAGAAAGCGUUUGAAACAUUUGUCAUGCUGCACUGCACUUACCGGCGCCGUCAAUCAUGACCAUUCAGCAUUACAACUUUCCAGACCCAGACAUAUUUGCAAUCCAUAGUGCUACGGGCUCGACUACAUGGAGCUGUCCGCCUUCCGGUCCGCGACGCACUUGCUGCCGGAGGAACCGUAUCAACUGUAAAAAUGUCUGGGUCUGGAAGCGUCAUGCUGUUUUUGCAUGACACAGAAGGUCUGGCAUGGAAGCUCUAGCAUCACAGGUUUCGAGAAGCUUCCGCAAUGCCGAAUCCGCAUGACAAAUCCCCCAUUUACAUUUUGGUGACAGAAAGUGGGCAGCUUUUGCCACCUAUGCGUGAGAGAUUUUUCUGUGUUCUGAAAUGCGCAUCACAAGUUGCAUUCUUCCAGACCCAGACACUUUUGCAUUUGAUAAACCGAUUGGCAACCUGUUGUCUUCCAAGUUGUUCCACUCCAUCAUCGUCACCCGCCCCACCGAAAUGUCGACGGCGGACCGGAUUUCGCUGGACCUGAUCCGCAUUUUGGAAGAGGACUAUUCCUUGGACCGGGCGACGAUGCAGCUGACAUUGGACAUCCCCCAGGAGUACCUGUUAUGCACUGCAAAAGUCUCGUACUCGUACUAAUUGCAGCUAUGCAUUACAAAUCUAGGCUGUUGAGGUAAAUCCGCAUUACUUGUAAUGCUGAGCGAAUUUGUAUUGCAAUUUGAAUUUAUACUAGUACGAUACUUUUGCAGUUCAUACCUGUGCCUGCCGCACAUUGAAGCCAGCCGCUUCAUUGCGGACCUCUUGGUUUUGCCGUACGAAAUCACGACGAGCUCCUCCUCCUCGAGUUCCACUUCUUCCCCAAACGCAGCUAUGGGAGUGUCAGGAUUGAAAUCGACAAAGUUGAAAUAACUUGUAUAUGCAUAUUAAAAUCGAUACCAGUUGGAAGCCCAAUUGCCAAGGGGCGCAUGACAAAUUUCGGCACCGUCUAAAUCCAGUUUGUCAUGCUGUUUAGGGAUAGAAGGCGUCCUUUGUCAUGCUACUUCAGCAGCUGCAUCGCAGACCCCAAACAGGCUGACAGUCGGCCUCACUUGCCAUCCCUGCAAGAGAGGCGCUUCAUGCCUUCCAAUUUAUGCAUGAGAAAUAAUUAUUUCAACUUUGACGAUUUCAAUCCAGACGCUUUCAUAGCAGCAUCAGGAUCAUCCUCUAGCAACCUCGCGUCCUCGUCGGUGGACAAUCCGAAGCACAGCACGACCUAUCAAAUGUAAAAAUGUCUGGGUCUGGAAACUUGUGAUGCUGGGUGGCGUAUCAUGAGGAGGCCACAAGUGCUGGCUCAGCAUGGCAAGUUUCUGAGCUUCUAGGUGUUGCUUAUUCUGCAUUACAGCCUGCGUUUCUGCAUGACAGAAAACUGGCGCUAUUCGGUAACGUGCAUGACAGAUUUGAGAAUCAUACCAGACAAGCAUGACAAACAUGCACUCUUCCAGACCCAGACAUUUUUACAUUUGACACGACCUCCUCCUGCUCCAUUUCCUCCUCGAAAAAUGUGAAUAAAACCAGUAAUUCUACGUCUGGAGCAGUAGAAGUAGACCAACAGAAUCAGCACCUGGAAACAAGUGGAGGUCCGCGCCACAGCCACAGCUCGUCUGCGGGUCGUGCCGCGCAAAAUCAAAAUGCUGGGACGACCAUAACCACAAACAACACAACCUCGCUGACGAAAACCACGAACAGCUGCAACACAGAUGAACCCGGCGACACGGUGAACACUGGCAAUGGUGCGACAAUCAUCGAACAGCAAAUGCACAGUCAGCAGAUGGCUAGUACGCAGAAUCAUGGAUACUACGGGUCCUCUUCAGCGAGUUCGGUGAACCGAUUGUCCACCUCCGAUAACAACCUGGACAUGCUUAUUCUGAGCAGAAACGUCCCCACCCCAGAGUUGUCAUGCAAAUCUGCAUGCGAAAAAAGUUUAUCAUGCGGAGCCCCAUGCGAAGCCAUUUCUAGUCGUGUUGUGGCAUUUGUGAUGCUAGAAUCCGCGUGAUAGGCUAGAUCUGUGGUGCUGCUAAACUACCUAAACAGGAUUACACUACAAGGACAAACUUGUCAUGCGAAGCAACCAAAGCUGCUUGAUUUUGUCUAGCAGAUUUCCCAUCUUGGCUCUGGUAUGGGGACGAUUUUACAUAUGAUAAUGCUUCACGUCUCGGACUCCGCCGCAGCCGCCCAACAGCAGGCGCAGCAUCGAGCCCAGCAGCAGGCCGAGCGCGAGCGACAGGGUGAACAUUUGCAGGGUCGUAAUAUGGAGCAGAUGAAGACCGCGACGAGUUCGAUUGGGAGCAACGUGGCCAUUAUCAACGGGGCGCACUCGAUGUUCAGUAAGGAAGAAGUCGAAACUACCGGUUGUACAGGACCACCCCCAGCACCUUCAGGGGCAGGAGGCCAUAAUUCCUCUUCAGGGGUGGAGCACCAGCAGCAAAACAACAGCACUUCUCGGAUGAAAGACGGAACCACUACAACCGGCGGCGCGGGUGUUCUUGCUAGUGGGUCGAGUUCUAUCUUUGGCCGGUGGAGCGCCACUUCUACCGCAGUCGCGGACCAGCACAAUGUCGCCGAUCAGGCCGCUGCGACUUCUUCUACUGCCGCAGCGCAUCAACAUGCUGGAAGUAGUGAUUUAGCACCUGCUAAUAACGGCGUGAGUACAACGUCGAUAACUGGCAUGCAACACAAUAGCACGCCAGGACCUCUUUGUGGUGCUCCAGGAGGCGCUGGCACCCCUCCACGGUCCGGCACCUCUAGUAGUUCCACUUCGCACAACAGCAGUUCCGCCUCUCUGAACCCGAUCAAGACCAUAUCCGGGACGUCCACAAAAAAGCACCAGUACCGGUUCUACUUCCGCAACAGCCACUUUCGCCGGUGCGUCUCCGUUAUGCAUUGCAAAUAUGUCUGGGUCUGGAAGAUUAAAACUUGUCAUGCUAAAUCCGAAUAAUGCAAAAAUUUGUGUUGCAUGAGUGCCAAGACAGCACAGGAAGCGGGUUAUUCGGAGAUCGCUGCGGAUUAUUCGGAGAUCGCUGCAAGACAGCACAGGAAGGGGAGCGGGGGGACGACUUCAGGCGACGCAGGAUCCCUAUGAUUGAAGUGACAUAGUGACGGACCGAAAAUCGGACACCAGGCCGAGCGACUGAAAAGUCUGAGAAAUGCACUCCGGAGAUUUUUGAAAAACGCACAGCAUCGAAAUCAUAGAAAAAAACGAAAACACUAUUUCCCGUUUGAAUAAAAAAAGAAAAGGCCCGGCAGGCUCGAGGACUGCCGGAAAAUAUGACCCGGCGCGUUCGCCUUAAGAUCCUGCCCUCAUACUUCUCAGAUUGUUUCAGCGCAGUCAGAUUAAGGAUCUCCAGGGGAUCCCUUAAGUUGCCAACGAACGCGACAGGGCCAAGAUCACCCCGAUAAGCUUCAGGCGAAUCGCGGGGCGCGUUUCAAAAUGUCCAAACUUUCAAACAGGCGGCGACGAUAGGCCAAGAAGAUCGACCGCACUCAGAGAAACAAGCGCGGCGCGGAUCCAAAAAAAAAAAAAACGAAGGUAACAGAGCAAAACGCUGCGCAGAGGUCGAGGAGCUGAGAAGAGAAGCCGCGAAGAUUUCACACCAUGCGCCGAAGUAAAGCCGUUGGCGUCGCGGGUUAAAUUGGCAGGAGAGUGAAACUGCGGACGGAGUUUUCAGAGAGAUAAACGGGGAGGCGAGUUAAAUUAGCAGGGGGAUGCAGGCGAGUUAAAUUGAGAAAGGGGAAAGGAGGAGAAAAGGGAGACCAUUACUAUACAGGAGGCUCAGCCGGCCGAUGGCUCGCAAAUUUGCCGCCUAAAAGGCUGCCGAUUUUUUUCUAAUAUUGUGGGGCCCACAUUGUUCCGGCUUGUGGCCCUCCUUUUUUCUUUUCGUCGUGGCCCCACGAGUCUGGGGCCCCAAGGGUUCUAGAGGUAGCCCGGGCAAGGGUUUUUUCGUCGGUAGUUUUUGCAGGUUUUGGAAAUUGGGGCGCUGGGGAUUUUUUUUAAUUUUUUUGGCGAAGAUUGCCCGCCCCAGUGUCUGCAGGGCCCGUGGCGCAUCGGGGCCCGGGGUUUCCAAGGUUUGCGCCCCUGCGAUUUUAGUUUUUGCCCCAGAGGGAAACGGCGCGACUGUUUUCCAUUUGUCUCGGGCCGCAUAUCAAUGGCCCCGGCCCGCCCGGCCGAGGUUUAUGAGGGGCGCAGAGGUGGGGUUGGGGGGGGCUAAUUUGGGGUCUAAUUUCGCGUCUAAUUUGUUUCUAAUUCAAGCAUAGGGAAUGCGAAAGGGUUUGCAAUGAAAAAAAUUAGCCGUGAUUUAGCCAGGAAUUUAGGCGCGAAGUUAGUCGCCUGCCUUAGCAUCGAUUUAGGCAAGGAAUUAGUCGGGGCAAGAGGUGCCCCGCCCGGUCUGUUUCCGGCUAGGUGGUUGCUGUUGAUCAUUUCGCCGGGCGGUUUCCCGGUUUUUUGUGUGGGCGAAUUGCCGCCCCCCCUAAUCUUGCACACCGCGCCUGGCCUCCCCUCGGGGUCGCCUCCCUUCUGGGCCAUUUUCUCUCUGGAUGGGAGGAGCCCCAGGGCGCUAGGUAUUUGGCCGCGAAGUUCUUGGCCCCGUUCGUUUUUGGUGUCCCACCCCCCAUGAUUUUUGCCCGGUGGUCUUCGGGUUGGGUGUUGUCUUUGGCGGCAUUGCCGCCACUUUCUUUCUUUGUUUUCCUUCGCGACAUUAGAAAAAAUAUAGCAAGUUUUAAGCCUCGGAGAAUGCCCGGGGCCGGCUGCCUGAGGAGGCCAUCAGCUAGCGAGUAGUUAAACAGCCUCGCCGAAAUUAUAGGGCUUUUUCUUUUAUAGUAGAUCAAGGACGGCGAGAGCUCUUUUUAAAACCCCCCCGCCGUCCCAUAUUUGCAUGUGCGGGGAGUCUAAGUAACAUGGCUUGCCAGAGUCAUUGACGAACCGGGAAGAUGGGUGGUGGGGAUUACCGUUUUCAGACAGGCCAGCCGCCGUGAGUGACCUGACUACCGCCUCUAUUAUUGAGGGAGCGUGUGUCCUCCUCGACUGAGUUGCGUGCGCGGCCCAUCCGUGUUCCGCGUAAAACUCUACAGGAGAGUGUGCGCCGCGUCGAAAGGCUCCCUUCCGUACGGAGCGCCCCGAACCCGUUUUAGCGCACCUUUAUGAUGGCCUCACUGUUAUGAGAUGUUAGAUCAGUUACAGUUUGUAAAACCCAGUCUGUUUAUGCUAGCAGAUGGCUAGUGCGCUGUGAACCCCCAGGACCAGGCUGACUUAGUCCCGACCGAAGUGGUAGGCGCUAGGAUGAACUAUGUAUGUAGCGCCUAGGGCCCUUCCGUGCGGCCAAUAUGUAUGUCCCGUAACGGGGAUCGCCUAUGUCGGUCAUUUAUAUGCAAGGCGAUGGGUCACCCGGUCGGCAGAGCCGAUCCAUACGAACGAACGAAUGAGUGCCAAAAGCUGUCCACUUUCGACCAAGUUGGGAGGUAGUUUCUCAUGCGGGAUAGGCAUGGCAGAGACCUCACAGACUCUGUCAUGCUAGGCCCUGCAUUCCAGACUUCAUGGGUCAUGGAAAAUCUGCAUGACAAAGCUCGCAAUCUUCCAGACCCGGACAUUUUUACAGUUGAUAUCCGUGGAGUGUGACUACAGCGAGUUCACCGCGUGGCUGCAGUUUUUGCAGCACCUGCGCCGGGGGAACCGGGUGCGCCAAGUGGACCUGAUGGCUCUGAACGCGCGAAUUUCGUUUCUGGACGUCACGUAUGAACUGCAAAAAUGUCUGGGUCUGGAAAGUUGGAACUUGUGAUGCUACCUUUGGACUCUACAUAAAAUCUGUAUUGCAUGAACAGCAUAAGAGGCGCAAUCUGCGCUAAUCGGACAGGGCGUUUCUGAUGCGGUAUGAGCAUCAGAGAGCCCUCACAGAAUCUCUGAUGCUAGGGCAUGCAUUACAGACCUCAUGGGUCAUGGAAAAUCUGCAUGACAGACUUCUGCAUUCUUCCAGACCCAGACAUUUUUACAUUUGAUAUCACGGCGCUGUGCUCGCACAUCCGCCACCUGUCGACCAAGGUGGAGCUCUUUCGUUCCUUGACGUUCGGCAACUACGUGCCGCCCGGGCUGGCCAUAUGCAACAUUGCAAAUAUUGCGUCUGGGUCUAGAAGUGAAAGGUGGAGAUGUCGAUUGUGUCGUCGUCGUGCAGCUUUUGCAUCCUUCACACAAGUGACGCGGAUGUUGACUUCCCCCGAAAGCCUAUCCAGGCUUGUUUGCAGAGGUGGUGAGAUGCCUGUUUUGUACGGAGAAACUCAAAAUUGUUCUUUGCGUUCUAGUGAAGCAAUGUUGGGACGAACAAGCGCGCUCGUGCAGCACAAAUUUUUGCGUGAUUCGAACUUGUUCGCAUCACAGGUGUAAGUGUAAUUGAAUCCUUCCAGAACAGCACCAGACGUAUACUUGCAAUGCAUAGGCCAACUACGCGUACCACUCUGAGUACUUUUUCGGCAAGUCGGUGGUGGAAAUUUCGUCGGCCGGUACCUGUAGUUCAUCUUCCGGCAGCAGUAUUUUCCCCGGGCAGGAAGACGGAAACAGUAUUUUCUUGACGGGGAAUCAAAUCAACAUUCCCACGACAGGAAGUACUGGCACAAUCGGUCUGCUGGUUGGAGGUGGAUCUGCAGGGGGGGCCGCACCUCUAGCGCUUACCUGGGACGACGACUACUACAAAACCACGGGCCCGGGAAGGUGCGGCACAACCACAACGACCACGACAGCCACAACCUCCGUGAGGACGGACAUGGACAUGGUAAAUGAGUCCGCAAAAAAUUUUGCCGGAUCAUCUACUCGUUCGGAAACGGCUUCCGGUGGUCCUAGUCGUGGAGAAGCUGCUGGGAGCGGAGCUCCGGUUGGUGGACCUGAAAAUGAGGUGACAAAUUCUACUUGCGGUCGUGCUGGAACAUCUUCUAACCUUGCCAUGGUUCUUUCCCAGCUACAACCGCAAGCCGAGGGCAUUGUGGAGAAAAACCUCCGGCGAUUGGAAGAUUACUGGCUCGGCAUCCGGCCCGGCAAAUCCUUCCAGUUUUAUCCAAAAGAAAAACUGUGGAAGUGUAACUUUGGAGCAGGAUGCUGAGUCGCAUCACAAAUUUGUUUGACACAUUAAUCUGUCAUGCGCAGCGGCACCUAGUACGUCAGUAAAGUACGUGAAACUGAAAACACUUAUGAAGCGAACCCAUGAUGAAGACGCACAACCAGCAUGACAACUGUGACUGGAUUGAACAUGAUCUGCAACACAAACUUACCUAGACUUGCGCAGUUUUUUUCUUGCAUGAGUUUUUCGGCAAAAGUACAGCUCCUACCGCCGGUAGUUCGGGUAGAAGCGCUUCAUCUACUAUCGUCCCUGCAGAUGCACAAGGCGGCAGGGAGCAAAGAGCAGCUGCCCGUGGUAGUAGCAGAUCGGCGUCUUGCGGUACUUCCACUGUUGGUGCCAGGUCGACGUCGAGCAGACGAGACCACGAGGAUAAGAAAACCUCGCGGGCGAGUGAUGAAGAAGAACAUGAGGCACUAGAACUGCAGCAAGGCACUGCAACGAAUAGUAGUAAAAAUGUCCACAAUUUGAUGAUGAAAAACGGGAGGACGAGUUGUAGAACUACUAGCGGUGCAGCUGUUGGACCAGCAGGAGCAGAAGGACAAGGAGUAGUUGUUGCGGCUUCCUCCAGUAGUCCAGCAGGAGUUCUUUACAACAGCAAACUCCCCUCCUCGUCGGCGCAUGUCGUUGGCACAACAACUUGUACAAGGCAACAAGCUGGAAAUAAUAACAAUCCCUCACAGUGGUCACAGCCUCACACGAAGAUCAACCCAAAGGCCGGCCGGAUACACCACUCGUUGAAGCAUGCUAAUAAUCAUCUGUCGUCCGGCUCCGGCUCCUCUCAUCAACAUCAUCUGAUGCGAAUGCACAAGGCAAAAUUGAUGCAGCUGCCGGUGGUAGAGGAGGGAGUAGAGCUGCAAGACGAGGACGAGGAAGACGACGUCGAGGAUGAUCCACCGCACAGCAAAAGAACGAGCCCGGUUGAUGUGCUAUCACCUCCCUGCUCGUCGGCAGAAGAUGAAGGUGACGAGAUAUUGUUGAAAGCUACCCUUGGAACCACCACGACCACUGCAACGCGGCCCGACGACCACCUCGAAGAAGCAGAAGGCGAGGAGAGCACGAGGAAAGCCGACACUGAUAUCGUUGAAUCUACAACUACGAAUCGUGAUGUGCGACCGCUUCCGCGACAAGAAAAAGAAGCCCCGCCGGGUUUGCAAAUAGCACAACUGCGAGAUGAAGAGGAUGCGGCCUUCGAAACGCCGCGAAAGGUUAGGGCAGUAGCUAAGAUCGAAGCGAAUCUCCUCGUCGAGCGACAAGCAUCCACGACCGCGCCUUCUGUAGAACAAGUUCUUGAUGGGGAUGCAGAUGCUACAACUGGUUGUACUGACGCCUCUACUCUUUACUCGCCGCCAGAUCAUCUUCCUGAAGACAACUGGUGUGUAGUUGACGACGAGAACCACCUCCAGGAGCACGAAGACAAGCAAGGCGGCGCGCCUUCUGGUGCAAGAACUGCAGCAUCACAAUAUUUGAAUGUUUCCGUUGGAAGUUGCUCGACGCGUGUUGGUGAGGUGUCGCAAGACCUUUCCACCUCAAGCAUCCAGGACGAGGACCACAGCCUCCUGAUGUUGACAGGAGAUGUUGAACAAGAACCGCAGCAAACACUAACGCCGGACUUGUUGAUCUCUAGUAGGUGCGUCAGCGAAGAACAAGCAUCCACCGGCUCUUCGUUGCUCGUCGGGUCUACGUUUUUGCUCGAAUCCCCACCUGUCAGUGAGGAGACCAAUGUGGACGUCGAACAUCAAGGGCGGGCUCCUUCUGCAAGAGGACCUCCACGGGAUGCUCAGCACAAUUUCUGUGCAACUUCCAACUCGGACGGCGCAAAGACGUUGUCCCUCUCACCCACACGUGGUUGCACGCAAGAUGACCGGAGGAACAACGAUUCCACACGACCGUCUGACGUCACGCCACUGUUGCUGCACUCCCCCGACUUUCUCGCUACGGAGAGACCUCCACGAAGGAGCGAUACGAAGUUGAAGCCCCCCGGUGGGGCGGCCCCGGCCGCCGCGCAAAAGUCGAUGGAUUAUGUCGGGACAAAAAUUGUAGUAUCCGACGAGGAGGAUCACCAACUCGAAGUGCACGGACGGGACGAGACAUCAUCAAAAGCAGGCGGGGGUUCUUUUUUCUUCACGGACGAGAAUUCUUGCGCCACCGGGGUGGAUGUGGACCAGAACUCUACCACCGACGUGAACAGCGAAGUAGAGGACUUUUCAACGUCGGAGCAGGAUAAUUGCUAUCACAAGAAAAAGUGUUAACGUUUACGAAAUUUGUUAUGCAGUAAUGCAUCAGGAAAUGUCAGGUGCCUAAAUUUGUAUUGCGCAGCAUGCAUGGAAGGCAAAAUUUGUAAAUGCAUAACUGCCAUCUGCGAAAACCGUUAACGUUAGCACUUUUUUGUUUGAUAAUUGCACUCCGCGCUCGUGUGUUUCAAACACCACUUCUAAUGCCGAUGAGCAGGAUGAUGAUUUCUACGGUCGUGGUCCAGGUGUUUCCUGCGCUGAGGAAGAUGAAAAUUACUACAACGCCAAGCCUUCUUUGCUUGACACGUUUUGGCACAGCGUGUCAGCUUUCAUGACGUCUAGCACUACAACUACUUCCAGUGGAGAGAAUAUUAACACGACCAGCGAACAUGGUGCCGACAAGAAGCUUUUUGGCACUAAAAAUGGGAGAAGACCGAACGACAUUCUUUCGUCGGAGGCGCGUCGUGAAGUAGACCACCAGCAGGAUGGAAGUGCUAUUAGGCACGCUUUCACAUCAACAUCUUCGUCCGCUGGUGGUGAGUAUCAGCAUCAUGAUCACCAUUCCGACCAGUCCACGCGGUCCCCCUCGUCAGCCGCUUCGGGAGGUUCCGAGUCCGAUUUCCAGUCGCUGACCUUUGGCGCCUUCCUAUCCUGAGUAAAGAUGUCCCCACCCCAGAGUCAAGAUGGGGAUUUUGCAACACAAACCUAGAGGCUUUGGAACUCACGCAUCACAAGUUUCAGUCCGUAGUGUAGUGCAGCUUAGCAAGGGCAAACGCAUCACAAAUCCAUCUGCUUAUCCUGGUUACAGCAUUGCAAAUGCCAAAACACGACUGGAAAUGCCUCUCAUGGAGAUGCGCAUUACAAAUGUUCCUGCCAUUGCCAAUCUGCAUGACAACUCUGGGAUGGGGACGUUUUUGCAAGUGAUACUUUCACGACAAACCCAUCACGGUGAAGGUUCCAAAACUCCAUGGUCGGCGCGCCGGGAAACAGAGUUUUACUGGACCGACGAAGAUAUCAAACAAAAAAAGUUCGUCACGAUCACUCAUGCGCAUUUUUGCAAUACAAAACUUCCUGUCAUGCGUAAAAAUGCAUCACAGCCAAACUUCCUUAGGGAUUUCCCUAGUGUUUCUGCAAUACAAAGAAAAGCUGUGAUGCUGAAAAAAUUUGUAAUGCAAAACCUGCAAGGUAGUGACUGUGACAAACUUUUUUCUCUCCAUAGAAGAAAAAAACAAACCAGUAUCCCAUCUGCAAAAGUACCAUCCUCGCAUGAUCACGGGUUAUAAUUCUAAUCAUACGAUGAAAUUCCAAUUUUUGCAGUACCAGUAGUACCGCGGAAAUUUGCAGCAGUACUAUACUUGCAAUACGAGUCUUGAUCGGUAUGAUCGCAGAGGUUUUAAAACCUCUUUCUCUCCAUCUUUCAGAUGUUGGUAUUUGCUUGUUGUACUGCAUAAACAAUUUUUUGUGAUGCAAUAAUUUCUACUACUACUUAUGGUUAUGAAUGAAGAGGAAAAUCCUCAUGCGGUCGUGUACUUUUCCUACUGCAUAAGCACCAGCACGGGCCCUCGUCCCAGUCCGAUGUUGAGUCCACGGCUUGCACGGAAUCAGACCAUGAACUUUGUCAUGCAGAAGCUGGAACGGCAGCUACACUCUCGGUCUCGCCCGACGAAGCAGGCGGUGUUGGAACGGCACAGGAGACCCCGGCGAUCAGGUUGAGCGACAAGCUGAAGACUACGUCCGAAGUAGAGACGACGACCUGUGCACGAGCGAAGAAACUCUCUUGCACCACCACCGCGCGAACACGGAUCAACCGGGCCGCCCUGUCGCACCACCCCAACCUGGAGCAGAACAACCUGUCGAACCGUUGGGAGGCCGAGAUGAAGCAGCCCAUAGAACAGGAGACGCGGAUCACGCAUAUGGCUUGCUCAGAUGUUGCAAUCUUCAAUGUGGCAAUAGAGUCUGGAUUUUGUGUUGCAUGAUGAGCAUGACAGACACAGACUUGGUCCACUUUCUGCAAUACAAAUCUCGCCAGAUGAUGAUUCUAGUGCGGUUUGGGACUCCGGAACUUGUCAUGCGCAGACCUGUGGGAGAUGAAGGCUAGGUCAUGCACUUUUUGGAUCACAGAUUUCCAAACUCUAUUGUAACGUUUGAGAUUGUAACACCUGAGCGCGUUAUAACGCACUACCGGGCCACGCCCAACGUGAUCACGCCCGCCUACGUUCUCGGCGCGACCGGCUCCAGUACCACCAACGCCAUCAAAAACGUCGCGGACACCUGGCUCAUCCAGCGCGUCAUCUUAUUCUAUGUAAAAACGUCGUUCACCCCUUUCCGGAGGCGAGAUCAGAAAUCUGGUUAGACAGAUCUUCUUGUUCGAGAAGCACAUUGUCGACUCCGCAUGCUUUUGAUGACAUGCAGUGUGUAUGUGUCUGUCUCUGUGGUCGUGCUUGGCUAUAAAUAGCCGCAUCACGACGAAUUGAAAUUGUAAUUGGCCAUGUUGUGGUCCUGCUAGCAAGAGCAUGAUUUUUUCGGAAGGCUGGUCCAACACGUCAUAUGGAAAGUGCUGCUCAUUGGGAAUCAUGAUGAGAGACUUCUGGGGCAGCUGCAUGCAGAUUUGCAUGACCUCCAAUUAACAUGCGGUUUGGGGCCCCCGACGUUUUUGCACAGGAUACGUCUCCACUGCCUCCACCGCCGGGGGCAAUUUGUUCAUUGCAAACAACGCCGGGCAAGUCAACGCUGCGUUGGUGGCCGCGGGGAGUGGAGGUGUCACUGGAGGAGCGGGCGCAGCUUCAUCCCAGGCCGUUGCCCACGCGGUUGCGGCCUCAAGCACUGGUGCAACUUCUGUGGGCGCGACCAGCGCGGCGUCCGCAGGAGGGGCCUCCUCGUCCCUGGCAGGUGGUAUCAACGCGAUCGGAGAGAAUUUCUUGCCGCUAAAACACUACACCUUCAAAGUGGACCCGGUACUACUCCUACGCUUCUAUUCGUUCAUUUAAUAGAGCAGGGCCCGUUGGAUGUUGUAGUUGUUGUGAUCCAUCUGCGUGACAGACCACCAUGGAAAAUUUUUUCUAAAGCUGAUUAAUAGUAGGCAUACGCAGUUCCAAGUAACUAUACCGAACAACUAGCAAAAAUAAACUCAGAUGCGUGGCGGCCUGCACGUGAUUCGGCAGCACCCUGCGGCGGGCCCCAGCUUCGCGAAUGCUUCCUCUGCGGUGGCCGGAAAGGAUUACAUGCUCGCGCCCACGAGUCUGGCCAUGUCGAUGUCUGUGUCCAUAGGGGUGCAGUCCGUGCUGGGUUUGGUCCGGUCCCUGUGGCUGGCCAAGGAAGACACCAAAAUGUCCGACAUCGGCAAGGAGCUGGCUGUCGACGCGGGGUAUGGAUUGUAAAAAUGUCUGGGUCUGGAAGAUUGUCAGAUUUGUCAUGCAGCUUUUCCAUGACACACGAGGUCUGGAAUGCAGGACCUAGCAUGACAGAUUCUGCGCGAUCUCUCUCAUGCCUACCCUGCAUGAGAAACUCCCUCCCGACUUGGUCAAAACUGGACCACUUUUGGUAAUCAUGCAACACAGAUUUUUCAAUGCUUCAGAUUUAGCAUGACAAGUUGCAUUCUUCCAGACCCAGACACUUUUACAUUUGAUACGGGGAAGGGAGCCUGUGUUGGCGCUAGCUACUGGAGUGUCCUACAGUUGAUUAAUGCCGCGCAAGGAUGUGCCUCGAUGGUAAGAAAAAGAACUAAAUAAUCUCUGUCUCUAUACAUUCAUAAGUACAAGAAAAACGGGGUGUGUUUCUUUGAUUCAGAAGAGUGAGAUAGUACUCCUCGUAGUUGAAAAUCCAUUUCCGACUUGCGGUCGUUGUUAAUACUUGUAAAAAUCUUCCUCAUACUUUUCCUGCGGCUCGCCAAGUAGUUGAAAUCUGAAUCGCCUUCUGCAUCUUGACCCAACAACAUCUGAAGGACCACGCUAGAAGUACUACGCCUACCACUUUCAUCUACAUGCGAAAUGAAUUUUAUAUCAGCCCACCAUGCAGUUUGCUGCUAACUACCUUGCCCUGAACCCGACGCCGGCGCUGCUGGGCAUUCUGGGCUCCGGGUGGAUUUAUCAACUGCAAAAGUAUCGUACUCGUAUGAAUGCAUUAGAAAUCUCCUCAGCAUGAGAAAUAAAAUUUGUAAAUGCUGGUACUGAUUUACCUUUAAGAAGAAACUGCAUGAUUGCAAUACAAGUGCGAUACUUCUGCACAGGAUAGGAUUGCGCUUCGGUAUUUGAUGUACACCCAGAAGCACCUUACGCAGGAGCAGUUUCUCGCGGACGCAGUGUUCAGCGGGUACAGCAAUGGCAUGGGCGCGGCCGCGUGUAUUCUCGGGGCCAGUCUGGGGUGGAGCCCGGCGCUGUGCGCGAUCCUGGGCUGUUUCGUCGGCUCGGGGGUGGCGGCCUACACCUACGAAUGUUGGCGCGAGGAAUCCACCCUGAUUUUGUGCAAGAAACUACGGAAGCUAGCCAUCGUGACGCUGGGUCUGCCCCAGCAAUUUGACGAGCAGCUGCUGAACACGCGUUACCGCACCCUGGCACGGUACACCCACCCGGACCGAAACAAAUCCGCCGACGCCAAACAGAUGUUUGAGUUGAUUCAGCUGGCACGGGAAAUCUGCAGAAACGAGCUGACGGACUACGAGGAAGCAAAACAGAGGCUGAACCAAUUGUGGGGCUAUUUACAAGAAAUCAAAUAAUUAUGAGGCAUCCUAGGUACUAGAUUUUGAUUUCAUGUGUAUCUGGUGUAUGACUUUUGAUAAUGGAACUUUUUUUUUGUUGUUCGGCUUUUCUGCUCUUGUGCUGUUAUAAUUUCAUUCAGAAACAACUACAAAAAAUAGGCUUCUAGGACGAGCACCACUUGACGUGGCAGCCACAAGAAGUAUCGGGUCUUCUCAAUAAUAAUAGACGAACGAGGAUGAUGUUUUAAUUUUAAAAUGCAAACGCAACAGGCUGCUAUUGCUAUUUUUUCGAGCAAGGCGGUAUUCUUGCUCUUCAGAUUUAGAGGAACUUGAGUUUAUAGGUGUAGGAACAGUAGGUCAUGAUGUUAAGAAACAGAAGGAUGUCUAUGCAAAUAGAAGAGAAUGCCAGAAUUGUAUAUGAUUAUGAUAUAAAUGAAAAUGUAUUAAAAGGGAGAUGUCAAUCGCCCGUCACUAGAAGUGGCACAAAUCGAUUGAACUCGUGAUCUUUCCAGACAACUACAGGAGGUCCAAGAUACUUUUUCGGAUCAGGUGCUAUGCGGUGUUGGCGUGGGACCCCACUAUGCUGCGUCGCGGGCUGCAGAUGGUACUGAGACCCAAUACGACCAGCACUGGCAUUUAUUUUUAUUUCCAAGAAACAAGAUGCAAGCAAUAACAAUAACAUUAACAAACAACGAUCUGCGCACGGGCUCCAGUGCCGUUGGUGCCGUCAGUCUUGAUUUCAUGUACUUUUGAAGUAGAAGGCAAAUGGAAGUUGCUUUGCUACUUCGAUUCUGUAGCGCUGGACAAGAUAGGUACUACGUUUUCAUCAUCGGGGGGACUAUGUCAUUCCCCCUCUCCCCGCACGGAAGAUGAAUUAUGGCCCACGAUUACUAGAGCACGUGCUUUAUUUAGCUUUUGUAGCUGCGUUGUUUUUGUUGUGCUGGUUUGUACUCGGAUGAAGUUGUCAAAAAAGCUAUGACGAGUUGAAAAGAACCAAGUACCGGCAAAAAUUUUGCAGCUGCGAUUGUGUAACUCAGCAAGGUGGCACAGGCAAACGGUCAUCGCAUGAUAUAUAACAGUCUCAUCUGCGAGCGGUAAUAUGCUACCUAUGGACCCAUUAGGAAAAAUGUUAAGUUCUUGAUGUGGAUGGUUGUGGCGUUUCUAAAAAGAAUGCGCCCAGCGAAAGACGAUAGCAAGUGCAUGGUCUUCAGGAUCGUGCAUCGAUUUAUCGAUCACUCAAAGCUUCAGCAACACCAGUGCAGGUGGAGCAGUCUAUACUUCUAAAGAAUGUUCUUAAAUAUUGACCGCAAGAGGGUCGCAACUAAGAAAGUUGCUCCACAAUUUCAAUAUAGGUUUUUCUUUUUAUCUUCUUUCCUUUCCUUGAGGAGAAAUUUUUUUCAACAUUUUUCUCUCGUGACCUGUACAAAGCAGUGCAUUUGGAAAUACUAUUUAGAUACGAAAAUAUACACAUUGGAGAACUUUUUUUGCUGUCCAUUUGUAGUUUGUUCUUGUUGUUGUCUCUACAGUCUCUUUCUGCACUACUAACUUCAGAAUCGUCUUCUAUCAUCGAAAUAAAAAGGUAGCUCCUAACAAAGCAACUUUACAGGUCGUGAAGAACAGACCUGAAUCACAGAAAAACUACUGUGCACGGUGCUGGUCUCACAACCGUUUUUACCCUACUUGUGUAUGCGCGUUUGAUAGGGCGCAUUGAGCUAUCAAGUACAGGGCACAAAGAUAACGGAUUCAACAGUUCCGUCGGACGGCAGAGGUUGAUUGUACUAGGGACUGGCUUGAAGAAGUCGUCCAGGCGUUGUAGAAAGGAGGAAAUACAACUGUACUGAAAAUGACUAUAGACUUCUUGAACGACGAUGGUGUAAGAAUAACCUCCAAAGGACUUGGAGCUCAUCUUCUAUCUGGAAGAACCGAAAAGAGCACAAAACGAGGGAAGUCGAGCGCUUGAUCUCUUUUGAAGAUGUCUAUAACGAGGAGCGGAGCGGAAGGAGGCGAGCAAGCAACGGCGAAGUAGCAAC